AUGGCUAUGGGGAUGAGUGUUCUUACUACCAUUUGCGUUGUCUUGAGCCUAAUCUUAGGUGUAUCUGCUACACCAGGGACUGCCACUUUCUACACAAACUAUGUUCCCUCAGCAUGUUAUCGCAACCAGAACAAUGGCGUCAUGAUUGCUGCAGCCAGUGAUCCCCUUUGGGCAAACGGAGCUAUAUGCGGGAAAAUGUACAAUGUUACAUGCACAGGACCAACUAAUCCUGUGCCACACCCAUGCACAGGCAAUAGUGUGAUAGUCAAAAUAGUGGAUCAUUGUCCCGGAUGCGGCGGAACCCUAGACCUCUCUAGAGAAGCUUUCGCAACGAUAGCAAAUCCGGUGGCCGGAAUAAUCAAAAUUGAUUAUCACUAG